UUUUAUUUAGUUUUGUUUUUCUCUUGUUUAGCUCUGAAGGAAGAGAGAGGACUGCUGAGUGAUUUAGGUAGUUUUAUGUUGUUGGGCUCUGUUUUGUACCCCCCGCAACACGAAACUGUCUGAAUUGCCUCGCAGUGAAUUUCGACUCGACAUCGACCUCAUCAACAACAGAACUGGAAAUAACGCAGUCAGUCUUAACUGUCGUCUUUUUGAGGUUUUAAAUUAAUUUAGUAAAUUCAACAGCGCGACGCGCCAUUAUACACUGAAUUAUCUCAGUACGCUGUGUUGUAGGUGUUCGCUCAUCACAGUUGAGCGCAAUUUGGCGAUUCCAAUUACUAGAAUAGACUGAUGCUAAUUUUGUUUAGUGCCGGCCUUAGCUGAGAACUUUAUAGGGGGGUCCGUGUAUAAACACUGGCGGAGAGGAAGAGAAAGGGAAACGCUUUGAUUGGAUGUGCCGUGGAUGGAGCUAAGCCAUCGCAAGGCCUCGGUUACGAUCAAAGCACUUUGGCCAAAGCCGUGUGCGCGCUGCAGGCCUGUAUAGAGCCCACACCGCCCGGAUGUUUCUACCUCUCUGGAGGAGCAACACAAAAGCUUUAUUGGUGAUAUUCAGUCCAGACAGCCGAGCAAUAACCUGCAGGAAAACAGCCUAAUAGCCCUCUUAUAAACGCAGCCUGCUAUAGCACUCAGCAGUCCGCACUCUCAACAGGACAAGGUUAGAAAGAAAAAAGUCGCUGGAGCCAAAAAAGGACGAAGAUCUGAUUAUAUGCAGUUUUAGUUUAGAUUGUUGUAGAUCUGAUUAUAUGCAGUUUUAGUUUAGAUUGUUGUAGAUCUGAUUAUAUGCAGUUUUAGUUUUGCCUAUUGUAGAUAAUCUAUACAUGGAAGACCAUCUAAAAGACCAUCCCGAGCCUGAACCCGGGCAGCCACCCUCGCCACAGCCGCCCCAAGCAGAACCCCAAUGGCUCCUGCCCGCUGCCCGCCGCCUCCUUACCGCCGGAAUACCCGUGGAUGAAGGAGAAAAAAGCUUCAAAGAAAAACCAGAGCUCGGCUGCAGCCACCACUGAACCUUCUCCGGUUUAUUUCUCUCCUCAAGGAUCUCCGGAGCUCGCGGAUGGAGGCGGCGGGGCGACGACCCGCAGGCUGCGCACGGCCUACACCAACACGCAGCUGCUGGAGCUGGAGAAGGAGUUCCACUUCAACAAGUACCUGUGCAGGCCGAGGCGGGUGGAGAUCGCCGCGCUGCUCGACCUGACCGAGAGGCAGGUGAAGGUGUGGUUCCAGAAUCGCAGGAUGAAGCACAAGCGCCAGACGCAGUGCAAGGAGAACCACCACGGCGAGGGCCGGCCGGCCAGCCUGGAGGCCUCGGCUGACGGGAAAGCGCUUCUGCCGCAAGCCUCUUCUGGAGCUCUCUCGGAGAGGGAGGGCUACGCGUUCCAGCACAACGCAUCGCCUCUUCAGCAUUCGCAGAAUGGACACAAUGGGGACGCGCAAAGCUCUACUGUUUCUCCUUUGAGCAGCAAUGAGAAAAAUCUGAAACAUUUUCCCAACCCGUCACCCACUGUUCCUCUCUGCCCAGCAACAAUGGCCUCGGAGAGCGCAUCUGCCCGGGACAAUGGCUCUCCCCCGGCCCUGGACUUCCACGUUUUCUCCUCGGAUUCCUGCCUUCACCUCUCAGAUGCCAUAUCCCCGAGUUUGUCAGACUCUCCCAUGGGUUUAUCAGCAGAGACUUUUGACUUCUUCUCCGAGACGCUCACAACUAUCGACCUGCAACACUUGAGCUACUAACUCUAAAAAAAAAAGUUUCAAUCGCAAAAACAGGAGUCGCUAUCUUUCUCACGUUGAUGGUCAGUGUGUUUUAAUUAUGACUUUCAAACUAAUAAAAAUUAGACCUAGACCGUUAGCUUACGAUGUGUUCAGUUUAAUUGUUUCAAAUUGAAUGAUCGUUUGUGUUUACAACGUUUAAAAAAAAAAAAAGAAAUGAUAUUUUUCUCGUUUUUAUUUUUGUAUCAUUUCCACCCCUCGGCCGUAUGUGCCGUAUUUUCCUAGAAUAAAUUUUUACUUGUUAUCGAAGAGAAAGCAGGCCGCUGUGUUUUGCAUUAAUCUGAGUAAUCCUUUUGUAGUAUUUGCUGGGUCAGGCCACAGGGCUUUGGUCAACAGUAAAUGUAAUUCAAUGUUAUUAAUUAAAAAAGUGAGCGAGAGAGGUGAAUGGGUGCAUUGGCAGGUGCUAACAUAAUAUUAUGAUGUUAUAUAGGUGAUAAUAAUAUUUAAUUUUUUUGGAGUAGUUACGAGAACUUUUUUUAAGCAGGUGUUUGUUGAGCUAUUAAAAAAGUGCACAUUCAGACCCGCUGUACAUAUUCCCAAAUACAGGCUUAUUGCAAAUAUCCUCCUCACGGGCUGAGUAGUUUUAUAUAAGCAAAACAUAGGCCGAAAUAUAUAUUGCUUGCCUUUAAUGAAAUCGGCAGAGGCCUUAACUGUUGCUUGGGUAUUUAGAUGCAUUUAAAUGCGCAGCGAAAUCAUUUUAAGGAAAGCGUCCUGAGAGAUGGAUGUCCCUGCUGGUGCACAGCCUAGAAAAUAAACUCUGAGUGUAUCGGAAAACGCGGGGAGUUCCCUGGCCAAGAGCUGUAACGUUUAGGAGUUUAGCAAUUAAAUUUUAUAGCCUAUUAAACCUUCGACACGGGCCUAGUGUUGAGGCAGCAGUCUAAUUCAAUCUGCUCUCGAGAAUGUGCCUUCAGCUUCACAACCAGUCAGCAUUAUCCAGUUUAUAUUCACGUGGUUCAGAAUUUGUUCGGAAAAUCAAAAUUCGUAGACUUCUCGAUUUUUAA